AAGGAUUACACACCACCUGCUCUUAGCACAUUAUACUCGAUAAAUAUGGACCAAUCUCCUGAUGACGGAAAGAUUACUCUUUCCAGAGACGAUCUUAGAUAUGUGUAUAACCAAUUGUACAUCAGCACUAUGGAUAGAUUGAAUCUUCAUCUACCUACAGAAGAGAACGAUCCUAUGAAGAAUCAAGUGGCGACAAUAUUAAACGAGUUCUUAUUAAAUGUGUUUGAUGAUGCCCGUCAUUCGUUGAUUGUUGAUGGUGUGGCUGACGAUAAACCAAUAAGUGAAGUUUUGGCCCUCCCUGAACGACAGGAAGUGGUAGAGCCAUUUGAUGUGGAGCUCAACCAACAAUUAAAAGACACAUUGUUAGAGUUUGAGAACGAGAUUGUCAAAUCAACAACGCAAAAAAGAGAGUUGCCCAAACAGGCAGCAGCAGAGUAUGAGAAGUUUGUCGAUCGAGUCGACCAGGGGGUAUCAGAAUACUUGGCCAAGAUUGACGAGGAAGUAGAAGUUAUAAAUAACCAGGAGUCAUUUGACUUUGAAAUAGAAGACAAGGAUAUACCUUAUGAAGAAUUACGGGCCAAGUACUUGGACACAUUAGAAAAGUUGGAUGAAUUAAAACAAAUAGUUCCUGAAACCGAAUCCAGACUAGAAAGGGAUCUCCAAACCAUGGCAUUUCUUGAACAAGCAUAUGAAAGACAGAAAAGGGAAGAAUUGUAAUUAUUGUAAUUUUAGAUCUAUAAUAUGUUAAUGAACUUGUUAAUAGUGUCUCGUUAUGUAAUCGAGACAAUGUCGUUACACCUCCCCCCCCCCCUUCUUCUGUUUAUACUUAAUUUAAUAUCAUGC